AAAAUGUUGAUUAAUUCAGUUUGUCGAGUCAGUUUGCUGAAAAGUAGUCGCACGUUGAUCGCUUGUACAUCUCGGCCGGUCGAUUUUACUUUAUUUUAUUCAACUACAGUUAAGCAAGUUCCUAAAAUUAUGGCAAAUAAAACAUUGCCGCAAAUUUUCACGUUUGUCGAUCAGAAUACCGAAUCUUACAAGCAACUUCUUAAAGAUGCAGUUGCAAUUCCUUCAGUAUCUUGUGAUGUAAAGUACCGAAAUGAUUGUGUACGUAUGGUUCAUUGGAUGCAAGACAAGUUAAAAGAAGUCGGUGCGACUACUGAGCUUCGGGAUGUAGGUUUCCAAAAAAUAGAUGGCACAGAAGUAGCAUUACCACCAGUAUUAGUCGGUACAUUAGGAAAUGACCCGAAGAAGAAUACUAUUUGCGUUUAUGGACACUUGGAUGUGCAACCAGCUUUGAAGUCUGAUGGAUGGGAUUCGGAGCCAUUUGAGCUGCAGGAGCGUGAUGGAAAAUUAUUUGGACGUGGUUCAACUGAUGAUAAAGGUCCUGUACUUGGUUGGCUUCAUGCUAUUAACGCUUAUAAAGGGAUUGGAGAAGAGCUACCCGUAAAUUUGAAAUUCGUUUUCGAAUGCAUGGAAGAGUCUGGCUCUGAAGGUUUAGAUGAAUUACUUAUGAGCAAGUUGAAACCAGAAGGUUUCUUUGAUGAUGUUGAUUAUGUAUGCAUCUCCGAUAACUAUUGGCUAGGAACCACUAAGCCUUGCAUUACAUACGGACUGAGAGGAAUCAGCUACUACUUCCUGGAGGUUGAAUGCGCUAAGAACGAUCUUCACAGCGGUGUGUAUGGAGGAACAGUGCAUGAAGCAAUGACUGAUCUAAUAUAUCUUAUGAAUGAAUUAGUUGAUAAAGACGGCAAGAUUCUUAUAACUGAUAUUUACAAGUCUGUGGCUCCGAUGACAGAGAAUGAGAAAAAUCUUUACUCCAGCAUUGAUUUUGAUCCUGAAGCAUACAGGCGCACAAUAAACGCCCACAAAUUGCUACACAAUGGGGUCAAAGAGCAAGUACUGAUGCAUCGCUGGAGAUAUCCCAGUCUCUCGUUACACGGAAUUGAAGGCGCUGCAUUCCAGCCUGGCGCGAAGACAGUGAUCCCUGGAAAGGUGAUUGGCAAGUUCUCCAUACGCAUCGUCCCCAACCAAGAACCAGAGGAAGUCGAGAAACUGGUCUUUGAUUAUGUCAACAAAAAGUGGGCGGAGCGCGGCUCGCCGAACAAGAUGCGCAUCAGCGCGCAGAGCGGCCGCGCCUGGACGGAGAACCCCGACCACCCGCACUACCAGGCCGCCGCGCGCGCCACCAAGCUCAUCUACCAGACUGAGCCGGACAUGUCCCGCGAGGGCGGGUCCAUCCCGGUGACGAUAACGCUGCAGGAGGCGAGCGGCCGCAACGUG